AUUUUGUAGAGCAGUCGAUAUGGCUCUGUAUCAAGAAAUGUUUUACAUUUACAUAAUGCUACUGUUCGCAGUUUUUGGACAAGAAUCAGUCAUUAAAAGUUCAUCACCCUUUGGCGUUAUUCCGACUGGAAAUUGUUCCUGCGGAGGAUUCUCAACAUCUACUCCUGAUGAGAACAGUGAACCUCUUUUAGCCCAGACCCCAGCCCUAGUCGUAAAUUGUAACGACGAAGGCGAUUCAACUUGCAAGAGCCUUUGUCUCGCUCUGGCUACGGCUGCUAAAGCUAAGGGACCAGAGAUUUUAUGUGCCAGGCUUCAAAAUGCCAAUGAGUUAAAGCUUUCAGCAUUUUAUAAAGUUUGCGAUAGACGAUGGUAUUACGCCAAUAUGACGGCAGCGGAACCGCUUUGUUGUGAGAACUCAAAGGUUAAAACAUGUUCUUCAGUCAAAGGUGUCAUCAAUGCUCUAAAUUCAAACGAUAAAGAAACAUAGUUCGUAGAACUUUAUUCUUUAAUAUUAUUAAAACAUAAGAAUGAAGAAUAUAUUACUAUAACUUA